AUGAGAUUACAGCUUCAGGAUCCCCAGACACAACUCCUUCGAAACGAAGCAGGUCUCGACUCAUCCUCGGAUUCUCGUUGUCCUCGAUUCGACGGACAGUGUCCCAUUGCUGAUUCUCAAUCGGAUAAGAAGGAGCAAGUGAAUAUGUCUAGACAAUCCUACAACCCUCAGUCAUCUGCAUUUCUUCAUGACCCUUAUGUUGGUCUUCCAAUAAUUGGGACUGGCAUGACUGGGAUUAUUUUCCAACUAGGAGCAGACCGCGCUGUUAAGAAAGCUAAGCAAUACGAGCCUCAGCCCCUCCAGGACCGCGAGGAUACGGAAUAUGUCAACGGAAUGAACCAGCAAAUUCUGGAAAAUGAGAUCCAAGUCUUUGAACGUCUGGGCAGGUAUAAAGGGAUCAUCUCAUGCUUUCGUACAUCCCAGUACGGGAUUGAGCUAGCCCUUGCACAAGGAGAUCUUGAAUCCUACCUAGAAACCUACCCGGAGCGUGAGGACUCUUUAAAGAUUGCCUGGAUGUCAAGUCUUAUUGAGACAUUCUCUUAUGUUCACUCCUGCAAGAUAUUUGUGGAUGCUAUUGCUCUCCGCAAUAUCUUGAUCAUGGACGAACAGCUCAAACUUGCGGAUUUUGGCCAGUCCAUUCUAUUACCCCUCGAUAUUGAUAUCACUUCUGCCAAGGAAAAUGAUAUGAAUGCCCAGAUUGAGAUACUUCAUCUUGGCUGGAUCCUAUACUCAAUUUCAUCCUGGCAUGUUCAUAAAUAUCAUUUCUUCGGCCCCGAGAACCCUGAUCUCUGUUGGCCUGAUGCUGACUCACUCCCAAAUGUUGAUGAUGUUUUAUUUGGAAGAAUAAUUAGGAAGUGUUGGCGCGGUGAAUAUGCAAGUAUGGAUCAGUGGAAAGAAGAGGCUCACCAAUUUCUUACUAGCUAUGAGACAAAGUAG